AUGUGUGAAUUGCCAUACGGUCAGUACGGCCAUACACAAAUGUACUGUGCACAUACACCAAGAUGCGUUCGAUGUGCUGAGCAUCACAUCACCUCAGCAUGUAUAAAGUCUCGAAAUCUUCCCGCCAAAUGCGCACUAUGUCAGGAUGAACACCCUGCAAACUAUAAAGGAUGCCAAAUUUACAAGAAGCUUCAAAGACAUCGCAACCCAAACUCAAGAACCAUCCAACCAACUUCAAUCAACAAUCAGUCCGAUCCAAAAACCACAGUGAAGGCUUCUUCGACUGAAUUCAAUCCCUCGUCCUCUCAAAAUAGAACAUAUGCAAAUGUAACCUCAAACCAAGAACCUACAAAAUCCAACAAUAGUAAUCAAUUAGACACAGGUACCUUAUUAUCUAAAUUUAUCAGUGACUUCCAAGCUAUCAUAAAUCCAUUGCUCUCCCUUCUUACAACAGUCCUAGUCAAACUUGUAGCCCAAAAUGACUACACAAUACUGAGAUCAAACCACCCAGACGGUACCGCACACGGGGGAGCGGCGAUAAUUAUUAGAUAUACAAUUCUCUUUCAUAACGUCUCUCAACUAAGCGAACCCCAUAUACAAUCCUUCACCAUCCAAAUUACUCUAGACCAUUCUCCUAUCUCCAUCUCUGCAGCAUACUGUCUCCCUAACCAAAUCAUUUCUACAAUACUAUUUGAGCAAUUUUUCAACUCUCUUGGUAAUUAA